AUGAUACUCUGGGACGGAAGGGGGGGAGAGGGGGCCGGGAGGUGCGAGGACGGAAAUGGAGAGAUGGUCGGAGAGAUCCAUGGAGGAGUGCAUCGCCUGGAAGACAAAGAGCUGAACCUCAGAGAAACCAGAGAGGGAGAGCCAAGCCUCAUAGCUGUGAGAGGGAUGGAUGAAAGGAGAGGAGACAAGGCCUUCGCACCUGCUCUGUAUAGAACACAGGGUUCUGCUAUCACAUGUGUGCUGGCUGCAGGCCCAUCAACCUGGUCUGAGCUGGCUUUACCUCCCAACACCUCGCUGCCAAGUCCUCUUCCUGCUACUGCUGCUGCUCCACACCAGCAUCCUCUCCCCUGCUGCUCUGCACUUACAAACCAACUAUCAAACUUAACCUGUGAGGCCUCAGGCUGGAGCACAAAGGCACAAUUCUAG